UGACAUUUCCAUUAUCCGCGGUAUUUGACAAGUAUUGCGAGCGAUAGAAACUUUUAUUUUGUUGAUUUAAGUUUGUUGCAAAAAUCCAACAAAUUUGUAGCUUGCUCGGUGCUAUCCCAAUAUUAAGUUUAGUUUAAAUCAAAAUGUCAUUAGAACCAUCGGCAUGUGAAGAUUUAAAAGCAUUCGAGCGACGACUAACGGAAGUAAUAGCCUGCCUAAACCCUUCAACGCUUCGAUGGCGCAUUGUACUUACCCUUAUGUCAAUAAGCACAUCAAUUGGCGCUUGGUAUUGGCUGACAGAUCCACGGACCUCGGUGGUGCCAUUAACUGAGUCUUUGUUAAACCAUCCAAUAUUCACCUGUGCCACAGUAUUGCUAAUUGCACUUUUUUUGCUCGGAAUUCAUAAAUUGGUUGUUGCACCGCAAAUAUUAACAUCGAGAACGAGAUCAGUCCUCAGCGACUUCAACAUGUCUUGUGAUGAUACGGGAAAAUUAAUUCUGAUGCCGAGACCGACCAACUAGCGGCUGAAUAUUAUUUUUUUUAAGUUUUGUUUACAAUUCUUUUUUGUUAUGGUUUGUUUAUGUAGCGGAUGUUGAUUGUGGUGCUGACCAAUUAAAGCAUUAACACAAAG